CUUGUCCUCAUUGCUCAAUACAAGGUCAUCCAAUCGGAACACAAAUUUAUUAUCCAUAUUCGCCUACACCAUCAGCGCCAAAAACAGAUGAACAUUACAUGAAAUUAUCGGCACAACAUUUACCACGAGCAGCAUCGAUUGGAAUAAAAGGUCCAACGCCGUUAACAAAAAUUAUGAUAUUUCCAUCACAAAUUGCAAUUGAUUUCAUGCACUUAACGUGCAGUGGCCAUUUCAAGACAUUGAUUAAUUAUUGGAAUAAUCUACUGCUGCCACAAGUUUUUGCUGAAGGAUCGAAUUAUUUGUUAACAGUUACAUUACCACACUCAUUCAAUUAUCAAUUCAUGCCACUUGUUCAAUACAGUCAAUGGAAAACAAAAAUGUUUAGGUGA